UCUCGCCCUGUCUCGCUCACUCACUCCCUCUCUCUCUGGCCAAAUACAGUAGGGUACGUGCCGGUAGUAGCGACACUGGAGUAGGUGGCUCGGGGAUUUUACCGUGUUCGUAUUUUCUAAGCAGAUUUGAAGAUGCAGGAAACCCGUUCGAUCGCCCCAGGAGCCCAAACACGCAGCAGCAGCUUCCUCCUGCUUUGGAUUUUGGUCGGUUCCAACGUGGUGGAGGUGGCGGGGUCCCAGCAAGGAAUCCCUCUGUCAGUUGUAAAACUCUGGGCCUCAGCAUUUGGAGGAGAAAUUAAAUCCAUCUCUGCAAAAUAUUCUGGAUCCCAGCUGCUACAGAAGGAGCUGUGGGCCAUCACGGCGCCACGUCCGGGCGCCAACUCCAGCUCCGACGCCGGCGCCUCGGUCAAGGGCGGCAGCAGGAUCAGCCCCAAGAGCUCUGCCGCGUGUCCCGGCGCGUGGGACGAGAGCGGCGUCGCCAGAGGAGGUCCGCGCAGAUACGGGGAGAGCGUCCAAACGGCCAUUAGGAAGCGGCUCCAGGGCCCGAGCCUCGGAGCGCCGUGUCCCGAGAAAUAUAAAGAGCUUGAGAAAUCAGUCAGAGUGGAGGAAAUUGAUGGUAUGAAACUGGUCAAAAACCUGGCUGUGAAGAUGGAGGAGAUGUUCCGGAGAAAAGCAGAGGCAACCAGGCGGCUGGUGGAGGCAGCGGAGGACGCGCACCAUCAGCACGAGGAAAAUCCCGACCUGCAGUACGAGUACUUCAACGCGGUGUUGAUCAAUGAAGUGGACGAGGAGGGCAACCGCGUGGAGCUCGGCGGAGAGUUCCUCCUGGAGCCCAACGACCACUUCAAUAACCUGUCCGUCAACCUGAGCCUCAGCGUGGUGCAGGUUCCCACCAACAUGUACAACAAAGAUCCUGAUAUAGUGAACGGCGUCUACUGGUCCGAGGCGCUGAACAAAGUGUUUGUAGACAAUUUUGAGAGAGACCCGACACUCACCUGGCAGUACUUUGGAAGCGCCAAGGGCUUCUUCAGGCAGUACCCCGGCGUAAAGUGGCACCCCGACGAGCACGGCGUCAUUGGCUUUGACUGCAGAAAUCGGAAGUGGUACAUCCAGGCAGCGACGUCUCCCAAGGACGUCGUUAUCCUGGUGGACGUCAGUGGGAGCAUGAAGGGGCUGAGGCUGACCAUCGCCAGGCAGACAGUCUCCUCCAUCCUGGACACGCUGGGAGAUGACGACUUCUUCAACAUCAUCGCAUAUAAUCAAGAGAUUCACUAUGUGGAGCCUUGUCUGAACGGCACGCUGGUCCGAGCGGAUAGAGCCAAUAAAGACCAUUUCCGCGAACAUCUGGACAAGCUGUUUGCCAAAGGGAUCGGGCUGCUGGGUGAAGCUCUGACCGAAGCAUUCACAAUCCUGAGUGAUUUCAACCAGACCGGGCGCGGCAGCCUGUGCAGCCAGGCCAUCAUGCUGGUGACCGACGGGGCCACGGAAAUGUACGACGACGUGUUCGAGAAGUACAACUGGCCCGAACGAAAGGUGCGGAUCUUCCCCUACCUGAUUGGACGAGAGUCUGCGUUUGCCGAUAACCUGAAAUGGAUGGCCUGCGCCAACAAAGGAUAUUUCAGUCAGAUCUCGACUUUAGCGGACGUCCAGGAGAACGUGAUGCGGUACCUUCACGUCAUGAGCCGCCCGAAGGUCAUCGACCACGAGCACGACACGGUGUGGACCGAAGCGUACGUCGACAGUGCUCUCACCCUGGCUCACAUGCUCAAUGACAAAGGCGGCCCGAGUCUGACGACCACCGUCGCCAUGCCCGUCUUCAGCACCAAGAAUGAAACCAAGAACCAGGGAAUCCUGUUGGGGGUCGUAGGAACAGACAUCCCUCUGCAGGAGCUGAUGAAGCUCAUCCCCAAACAUAUGUUAGGGAUCCACGGCUAUGCGUUUGCCAUCACGAACAAUGGCUACAUCCUCAUACACCCUGACCUCCGACCUCUGUAUCAGGAGGGCCAGAAACGGAGGAAGCCCAACUACAGCAGCGUGGAUCUGUCUGAGGUGGAGUGGGAGGACAAAGACGACGUUCUCCGCAACGCCAUGGUGAACAGGAGGACGGGGACCUUCUCCAUGGAGGUGAAGAAGACGGUGGACCGGGGGAGGCGCGUCCUGAAGAUGCACAAUGACUACUAUUACACCGACAUCAAGGGAACUCCGUUCAGCGUCGGAGUAGCUCUUUCCAGGGGUCAUGGCAAGUACUUCUUCCGAGGAAACGUGUCAGUCGAAGCCGGGCUCCGUGAUCUGGAACAGCCAGAUGUUGCCCUGGCAGAUGAAUGGACCUACUGCAACACGGAGGAGGAGCACGAGCACCGCCACCUCACGCAGAUUCAGGCCAUCAAGCUCUUCAUGACGGGACGCAGGCCGCACCUCAGAUGCGACAGGGAGCUGAUCCAGGAGGUGUUGUUCGACGCCGUGGUCACGGCUCCAUUGGAGGCGUACUGGACCGGACUGGCUCUUAACAAGUCAGAGAACUCAGACAAAGGCGUAGAGAUCACCUUCCUGGGAACACGCACCGGCCUGUCAAGGACCAACCUGUUCGUACCUGCGGAUCAGCUGUCUAAUCGAGACUUCCUGACAGCCGAGGACAAAGAGGGUGUGUUUAAUGCUGAUCACUUCCCCCUGUGGUACAAGCGGGCGGCGGAGCAGGUCCCUGGCACGUUUGUCUACUCCAUCCCCUUCAGCACAGCGUUAGAGAAUAAGAGCGUGGUUUUGGCCAGUACUGCCAUUCAGCUCCUCGACGACAGGAAGUCUCCAAUUGUUGCAGCUGUAGGGAUCCAGAUGAAGCUGGAGUUUUUCCAGAGGAAGUUCUGGACUGCCUGCAGACAGUGCACAGCUCUGGAUGGAAAGUGCAGCAUCAGCUGUGAUCAUGAGGACAUCAACUGUUAUCUCAUAGACAAUAAUGGCUUCAUUCUCGUCACGGAGGAGCCGUCUCAGACAGGGCUGUUCUUCGGAGAGGUGGAGGGCGCUGUUAUGAGCAAACUUCUUCAAAUGGGCUCCUUCAAAAGGAUCACGCUGUACGACUACCAGGCUCUUUGCAGAGAGUACGCUGGGAGCAGCGACAGCGCACGCACUUUAUCAGAUCCUUUCUCUAUGGUUAAAUGGCUCCUGACUGAACUUCUCAUUUUCCUGCUUGAGUUUAACCUGUACAGUUGGUGGAACAUUGAUCUUUCAGUCAAAGCUCAGAGACCUCGCGGCAAAACCACCAUGGUCCCAUGUGACACAGAGUAUCCGGCGUUCGUCUCUGAACGCACCAUUAAAGAGACAACGGGCAACAUUGAAUGUGGCGCCUGUGUCAGGUCCUUUGUUAUUCAGCAGAUUCCCAGCAGCAACCUCUUCAUGGUUGUCGUGGACAACAAGUGCGACUGCAGCGGCGCCCUGCCCGUCACCAUGGACCCCAUCGAGAUCAUGUACAACGAGUCGCUAAAAUGUGACAGGCUGAAGUUUCAGAAGGACAGAAAGAAGCCUGAAUCAUGUCACCCCUUCCACCCUGAGGAGAAUGCGAUGGAGUGUGGUUCAGCGACGCACCUCUCCGGUGCCCUGACAGCAGCCCUGCUGCCCCUGAUGGCAGCGAGCGUCAGCAGGUGACCGCCACCAGCGGAGGCAGGCGUCAGUAAGGACUAACGCAACGCGAUGACGCUUGGAAACACAUAGAGAACGUGGCCAGUGAGACGGGGCUUUGCUCAGGCACCGCUCUAGAAAAACCAUCUGUAGCACUGAGACGCGCAUCCAUCACUGCAGAAAACACCAAACGAGCGGCAAAAUAAAAGAGAAACAUCUGGUGACACGUCACAGCAGAGAGUUUGCCCAGAUGUCCUGAAUGUUCACUGAAAAAAAUAAGGGAAAAACUUAUGUCUAUAGAAAAAAUAAAGUUCUAAAAAUCUAGAAGGAUGAGAAAUCAAACAUUUUUUGGUUUCUUUGUUGUUGGGGGGAAAUGUGAAGAUUAAUGUAAAACAACACACUUUUGUCUGAUAUGGAACAAAUGUGGUUUAUGCAUUUUUUUGACAGUGUGUUGCUGAAAAUUUAUAGUGUCAUCGUCAUGUCUUCCUUCAAAUAUUUGAUUGAUUUGAUGAAAAAUAGUUUUUAAUGUAAAUAAUAAAUGGGAUUAUCCAAAUACAUGCAUUUUUAAAGUUCCUUUAUUCUGUCAGGUUCUUCUUGUUUUAAAGCAGAAGCCAUUAAACAAGCUAAAGCUGCAUGACGAUGAUUCAACAGUGUGUUUAAGAAUGUUACAUUAAUAUAUUCAGCUGUAAUUUGUCAGAGUGAUCACAACCUCGGCUUUGAGAAAGUCAAUAAAUACAUGUGUCAUUUUC